AUUUUCCAGUGGCUCGACAACGGUCACACAAAACUCAAUUUAGCAAUAAACAAAUUCUAAUUUAAUUCUAAAACAAAUGCAAAUGCUGGGAUUCUAGCUGAACCCAGUCGCGCCGGAACAGCAAGGACACAAGCAGGACGUCGGGACGUGGGGACGCGGGACAAGUGCCAACAUGUUGGGAAAGGUCUGCAUCGGGACACUCUGGUUACUGGCCAUGUUGGUGACCUUUUCCACUGCCUACAAGAAUGUUCGCCUCCAGGACAACAUGUGCUCGGACAAACUAUUUUACACACUGGCCAAGCCAUUCCGGGGCGAUCCCACGGUGCGGCUGGAGUCCGAGGACACCUCUGGAGCGAUCGUCACGCAGAUGUGGAACCUGACACUGCCCCACGGCCAUGCGGCCAACAGGAUCAAGUACGACUGCCAGUUCCGGGUGCUGACCAGCGAGCGGCCCCCGCGCGGCAUCUACACCAUUAUCACGCGCCUAAAGUUCCGGCGCGAUCCCGUGUCCAAGGAGUGCAUCGACUACAUCCAGUUCAGUAGCGGCAACCGAUCGCCCAGCGAACGCAUCUGCACGGACAUCUCCAUUGACGGCCCGGCCGGACGACUGAUCUUCGACCAGCGCGACCGCGAGGUCAACGUGCACAUCUUCGUUGAUCGAUCGCGCCAUAUACUCGGCGAUCCACUGGAGCUGCGCAUGGUGCUCACGGCCCACUCCGAGUGCCAGUUCAACGGGGACUUCCUGUGCGAUCCCAACGACCAGUACUCGUGCAUCUCGCGGCACUUUGUGCGGGACAACAUCACCAACUGCCUGUAUCCGUGUCGCGACGAGGGCACCUGCUUCCACGACGCCAUCGUGCCCGAGGAAAUCGACACGGCCAAUGUGGCCAUCUCGGCCCUGACGUCGCUCAUCUUCACCAUGCUGGGCGUGGGCUUCUGUGUGUGGAUCUGCUGGAAGUACUGGAACUGCAUAACAGUGCAGCAGCGGGCGCAUGAGGCCUCCGCUGCUCGCUUCAACCAGCGACGCGCCAGGUCGGAUGUGCCCACCAUUGAGCUGCCACCAGCGGCACAGUCACACUACGAUGAUAGCGUCCUGCACGAGCACCAGCAUGUCCAGCAUCAACAGCAGCCGGCCACGCCCAAGGAUCUGCCGCCCAGCUACGAGUCGCUGUUCCCGGAGAGAUAAGGAUCCGCGGCUGGGGUUGCUCCGCUUUGUGCCAGAUCAGCAAGUACUUGGUAUCGCACACUUGUUGUAUUAGUCCUAUUAGGUAAUUGAAUCUCUAUCUGAACAGAUCAGCAUUCCAUGUAAAUAUGUUAGGACUGAUUUUAUGUUUUGUGAUUAGCGUUAGCGAUCAAACGUCACCUUUGUCGAUGUGUUCACUUCGAACCAAAUACCGAAAAGCAGAAAACCAGAAAUCGAGAAUACCAGAAUACUCCCCCAGAGAUUCUCCACUGUUUUACAGAUGUAUAUAUUUAAGUUUGAUGUUCUUCAACGCUCCGUAUCGAUUUAGUAUUUGUAACUGUUGAAGCCGCCUUUUGGCGAUGCAAAUUGUUUACUCACUGAUGAAAUCUCACUGGUAUUACCGUACUCUAUGAAAUUAUAUCAAUUAUUUACCUAAGCAACAAUUAUUUAUAAGCAAAAGCCACACAGUACUAGUCUCUGUAUUAGCUAGCGUAAAUAUUCCAUGGGCCAGCCAGGACUUGGCCGAGCAUUCCACAUAGAUUGUACCUGUUUCUGUACUGCAUAGAUGUAUGUUAUGUAUUUGUACGCCUAGAAAACCACGCGCUUGUAGAUGUCCUUGUUGUGUGCUGGCCAAAGUUGUCAAUUGUUCAAUCCAGAGUAUAAUAGAGUAUAUGUAGGCACACACACACACACACGCUCACGAGAUUAUGUAUGUACGAACUACAGUAUUUACUCGAAACAUGUAACUGCAAUGUAACUGUAAGAUCGUUGAAGUGGUCAGUAGCUCUUAAGCCAAUUAAUUUAUAUGUAUACACACGCAACUCACUCAAAUACGUAUAUUAACUGAUAAAUAAACCAACUAAAUCCCA